GAGUCCAGAAAAAUUACAGCUGUGCAAAUUCCCAUGUAAGCAAAUCUCGUUCCUCUGAAGCCUUCCAAAUCCUAAAUUCGAUUUAACGAAGCCAUGUUGUGUCGGAAAGCACUUGCGUAAAGACGCACUGAAACUUUUAGGAACAUAAUGCAAAGGAAAAAUAUGACAUCUGAAUCAAGUUCAACUUUGUGUCACCACUUCACUGUUUCUAUGAUGAAAUACCUUCACCGCCACCCACCAAACCUCCACGACCAUUCGGAAAGCUCCAAAGAUGGAGGCGCCCGAGGCGAAGAAUAAACUUCAAAAUGGCGGCCGCCAUGCGCCGGCAUCCAAGACGGCCCCGCCCACUGGAGGGGGAGGAGCUAAUUCCAAGAUGGCGCCCUCUAUAGUUCCGGUCACCUGCUAAGUGCGUUGCAAUAUGGCGGCCCGCGGAAGCCGGCUGCUGCUGGGUGGCGUCCGGCUAUAUAACGCCAAGCCGCUUAAAUUACAACUGAAGGGAAUUUAUCGGUCGGACCCUACCGAUUCCAGCACUCCGGCCUGGCAGUUGACGCCCGAAUAUGAGGCCAAGCUGUUUGGGCGCCACGGGCAAGCCUGAGUGGACCUGAGCCGGUUGUGGCCGCCACUGGAGAAGCUGCAGGAAAUGGAAGCUGAGGAGAGAGCGUGGUACCCCUCCUUGAAGGAGAUGCAGCAGUUGCUGGAUGCCAAAGAGCGCGAGGCCGAAGCCAAGCGGCGAGAGAAAGAGGAGAUAAUUGCUGCCAAAAUGGCCAAAAUGCCACAGAUGAUAGAAAACUGGCAGAUGGAAAAAAACAGAAGAGGAUGA